CAUCAUUUUCCCUUAUAGCUUUUUGUGUCUAUUUGGAGAUCUUCACUUUAUAAAGUUUUGCGAGCUGGUUUCGACAAAAAUCGCGUUGCAGAUAGCAGAGCAAGAUUUGGUUGCCGGGUCAUUUAAGGGAUUCUCUGGACAUGUAGAGAUGGUAAACCUGCAGAUGCUCGUUUCUAUCGUCCAAAAGGUGCCGCUGUGGAUGACAAAGGGAAUGUGUAUGUUGCUGAUAUCUCCAAUAUGGCUAUUCGAAAGAUAACUGAAUCAGGUGUGACUACUAUUGCUGGAGGAAAAUCAAAUAUAGCAGGUUAUAGAGAUGGCCCGAGUGAGGAUGCUAAGUUUUCUAAUGACUUUGAUGUGAUAUAUGUUGGAAGAACUUGUUCUCUUCUAGUCGUGGACAGGGGUAAUGCUGCUCUUCGCCAAAUUUCUCUUCAGCAAGAGGACUGCCAAUACCAGUAUACUUCAGUAUCAACAUCAGGUUACCUGAAGCUUCCCAGUGAUGUUCUUUGUAAUUCUUUUUGUACACAACAAACAUGGAACUAUAACAUAUUACAACCUUACAAUAUGGCACCAUCGGUCCAAUAUUUUCUGUUAUCUUACAUAUCUUAUAUGGUUGCAUCUACAUAUGUAGAAGACCAGGAAGAAAAAAGUUGA